AGGUUGCUGUUUCUGUUUUUGUUGAGAAACUGAUUGGCUUGUUGUUAGAUAUCAUAUCUCUUCUUACUCGUAAGCAGAUGUUUUUUUUAACUUGUACUUUUUAACUGAUAAAUCGGUUGUGGUCCGCUGUGUAGAAAUACAUCGGCUUGCCGUAAUUUCACAUACAGUAGGUCUAUAUUUAUCAUGGUUAUCUCUGCAAUGAGGCAUCAUUUCCUGAGGAGCAGCUGUGGCAGCUGGACAAGGAUGUGGCAGAGACAGACCAGCAACUGUGUUUACACCGAGACGGACUUCAACCAGCAGGAGAUCAUGGAGAAGCUGCGUGUCUUCCCUGGAGGCUCUAUUGAGCUUUCCAAACAGGACUCCGGCAUCGCUGUUCUCACCAUCAACAACCCUUCCCGCAUGAACGCCUUUUCUGGUACUAUGAUGGUGGAGCUGGAAGAGAAGGUGACCCAACUGGAGCAGUGGACAAAUGGAAAGGGCCUCAUAGUCCGGGGUGCUGCUGGUACCUUUUGCUCUGGAUCCGAUCUUAAUGCUGUUAAAGCAAUAUCCAACCCCCAAGAUGGCAUGAAGAUGUGCAUGUUCAUGCAGAAUACUCUCACAAGACUACUCAGGCUAUCGCUCAUCUCUGUUGCGCUUGUGGAGGGGAGAGCCCUCGGAGGAGGAGCAGAACUCACUACCGCUUGUGAUUUCAGGUUAAUGGCACCCGGCAGCGUGAUCCAGUUUGUCCACAAACACAUGGGUCUGGUUCCAGGCUGGGGUGGAGCUGCUCGACUAAUCCGACUUAUUGGCAGCCAGAAUUCCUUGCAGCUGCUCGGCAGCGCUUCAAAAGUAGACCCUGAAAUUGGGCUCCAGAUGAGACUGGCAGAUGGGGUUCUUGAGGAUCCUCUGGGAGGUGAGAGCGCAGGGACUCUCCUGCAGCAAGCUGAAAACUGGCUCGGUAAUUGCACCAAAGGGCCACCAGCAGUGAUCCAGGCGGUGAAGAAGGUAGUGCUGGCAGGGAGAGAGCUCCCUCUAGCUGAGGCUCUGAGAACUGAGAAGGAUGUGUUUGGGACCGUGUGGGGUGGUCCAGCUAAUCUUCAAGCACUAGCGAGCAAGUCCAAACACAAAUGAGUACACUUCAGGCUCAGCGGGUCAUAGCUUUCAUGCUCUUCUUUACCGUUGUGUUAAAGCCUUGGAGUCCAGGUCACCAGUACGUUACUGUGGUGCUGAUAUCGGGAUGGUGCAGACGGGCAUCAGCAGCACUUAAAGCUAUGCAAGAUACCAUUUCUUCUCAUUAAAAGUGUGUGGAGCUGCUAUGGCCUAUUCCCCAAAUCCAAGAGUGAAGAUAACAUCUCCAAUUAUGGGAUGACUUACAACGUCUGCUUUUUGUAUAUUCAAGAUCUCUGAGGAGGUUUUGGCAGCCGUGUUGCUAAACAUAGCAAAGGGAAUUGGACUUGGGGUGAAAUCAAGGUCUUGUAUAGUUGUCAACGUAUCCGUGUUCUACGAUGUGGAGGCUUUGAUGCAAAUGAUAAGAACUGGAAAGUAUCAAAGAUGGAGUACAGAUGCUUAGUGGAGAUAGUCACUGUUCCACAUCCACACUCAUUCAAAUCUAUGAUUAAUCUAUGGUAAAUGAGAUUAAUCAAUAGCAACGUUUCCCAAAGACUAUUACUAUAAAAAGAUCAGACCCCAGAUUUUAGAAUGAUGAAAUGACAAUUUAUUAAGUUACAAACCAAGUAAAAAAUUGCCAAGCGAAAACUGUUACAAAACUUUUAUUUUUCAGAAUGGAAAGUCUGAGAUGAGCUAAGCCCAGAAAAUAAAAAGGACUUGAAAAAAAAAAACGUCGCGAUUUGGGAUGACACGUCUCAUACGGCCUUGCAUGUCACAGGUAAUACCAGAUUUAAAACCAAAUGUCAAACAAAAAGAAAAACCAGAACAUUUAUCCGCACUAAACCUAAAAUACCAAUUGCAUCGUUCCAACCUGCAGCGUUAAAAUAACUCUCUCGUCAAACAUGCACGCGUCUUCCAGUUUAGUGGAACAGCAGUCGGGAACACUGCAGCCACAACUUUUAAAUGACAAACAGCGAUACUUCACAUUAAUGUUCCAAUUACUUCAAAGAGUUAAAAUACAUUUAAUAUCAUGUUAUGUCUAGAGUUAUUGAUUAUAAUUAUCAUUACCUUUUAAUAGUUCCUGCAACUGAAAGAUCAGAUUCAACCUGAUUGGGCAGCAGCCUCCACUGACUGACCAAGAUGUGAAACAUUAAACGUGAAUUAGGUUCCUAUUCCUACUGGGGACGCUAGGGCGGGCAGACCAUUUUACACGAUUGUGGAAUUAUGUUAGCGCUAGGAAACGUGAGAAAACGGCGUCAUGAUUAAAUGUGUGCAAAUGAAUGCAGUCGUUUGGGAGUUAGGGAGGAUAAGCCAUAUGGUUGGCUCCGUUUGUGUGCCAUGUUAGCUGAGAGAGUUCAAAGAUUAUUAGAAUGCAACCAUUCAUGUUGAUGACAAUGACACAGUUCCAUUUACGGGAGUGAACGACCCGUUCGUGCUCUCCUUCACGUCGCAGGUCUUCAUUACACGUAUGAUGGCGUUUAAGCUUAGAAUUGGACUGACCCAAAUGACUCUCUAAAAGGCAACUGUCAGUCGGAGCUGCUCGGAAAAGCGGUUUGCGAGCCGUGAGAGCGAGUGAGAGCACGAAGGAUAUAAUAAAUUAAUGAAACGGAACAUGGUCGUUACUGAUUAAGGAACAAUUUCACCGAUAACUUCACACUUCCGUUACUGUACACUGACCAUCAGGCAGUCUGGACCUUCCGCUUCGAGAUGACGAGGGUGGGGAGGUGGACUCGGCGCCGGGGAGGGCUCUGUCCUCUGGGUUCAGUCUUUGUCUCCGAGGCCGAUCCUCCGAUGGCUCGACGUGCUCUUCAUCUCCUCCUCCCCCCUCGUCGCCCUCAUUAUCCUCUUCCUCAUCAUCACUCCAGUCUCCAGAGCCAGAUUCAUCCACAGAGGUGUGAGGAUCAGAGGACCUGGAGGGUGAGGCCUCCUCUUCCUCCUCCUCCUCUUCUUCCUCUCCUUCACCGGCUCUGGACCGUUCAGAGGAUGGAGCGGCUCUGUGGCUGAUUUGCAGUUGUGAGAGAGCGUCCUCCAGAGAGGGGCCGCUGCUGUCAGGCUGACCACCCAAGGAAGUAGGAGGUCUUGCGGGCGGAGGGGCUGUGGAGAUGGAUGGGACGCCAGUGGCCUGCUGUUGUAAACCCGUUACCGUGGUAUCGGCUCCAUCUGCAGAGUUUUCCCGACCCGCUGCCCCGAUUGCCCCCGUGACACCCUCGGUGUCCAAACGCAGUCCAGCGACUCCCUUCUUGGGAAUAUCCAAAAUGUCCCGCUUAAUCUUGCGUCUACGUCCGUGUUCGUUGCGCCUGUAUUGCACCAUGUUCUCCAGGUCGGCUACAUACAAAAACCCAGCAAUUAGCAUCUCUGCCGUCUUCUUGCCCUUCGAGAAAGCGUCCUCCAGCUCUCGGCUGGUCCGCACGUCAUACUGCCACCAACCGUUGCGGCCCUCGUAAUACCAGGCAUGAUCACUCGCUGCCCCGCCCCGACCCCCAGCUGAUGCUUUCAGCUCCUCCGGAGAGAGAAGUGUGGGCCUUUCCAGGAAGUCAUCCGGCACCUCUUGUCUGCAGAGAGCACAGCGCUUGCUUUGCCAGGAUGCUCCUUUCACGCAAAGGAAACAGAAGACGUGGUGGCACGGCAGUUGCACGGGGUGGACGCAGCUCUGCAGACAAAUGGCGCAUUCUGGUACAGAAAGGGCCGGCGAUGUGCUGCUGGAGCCCGACGAUUCCGCACUGUUUCCACUUCCGGCAGCACCGUUGUUGCUGCUACCUUUCCUGCUGGGGGGAAGUGAGCUAACGGAGUGGUCUACCUCUCCACAACUAGCC